AUGGCUGCAGAGAAAGCUGAAAUGGAUGUACUGAAAAAGGAGUGUGAUGGCCUCCGUACACAGAUUGAGGCGGCCCGUAAGGGUGUGAAUGACGGCAACAUGGCAACAGCAGCAGGAUCAGCAACCGACGUAGGCCGUGUGCAGCUGAAGCUCAGGAAAUCCCUCAAAGGUCACCUGGCUAAAAUCUAUUCCAUGCACUGGGCUUCUGACUCCAGGUCAAUGGUCAGUGCAUCACAGGAUGGCAAGCUUCUUGUCUGGGACAGCCAUACAGGGAACAAGUUGGUUGCUGUCCCACUAAAGUCAGCUUGGGUGAUGAGCGUCGCCUUCGCCCCCUCUGGAAACCUGGUGGCCAGCGGUGGUCUGGAUAACAUGUGCACAGUGUACAACAUCAAGGCUGCCAGCCCAAAGACCCUCAGGGAGCUGGACGCACACACAGGUUACCUGUCUUGCGCCCGUUUCCUUAGUGACAGUGAGAUCUUGACAGCCUCCGGUGACACUACCUGCUGUCUGUGGGACUUGGAGACUGGCAAGCAGAAGAUCGUCUUCACCAACCACAUUGGAGACUGCAUGUCUCUGGCCCUCUCCCCCGACGAGAACACCUUUGUCUCCGGAGCUUGUGACUCUCUGGCCAAGCUGUGGGACCUGAGGGAAGGGACCUGCAAGCAGACCUUUUCCGGACACACCAGCGACAUCAACGCCAUCCAGUUCUUCCCCAAUGGAAAAGCCUUCGUCACAGGCUCCGACGACUGCGCCUGCAAGAUGUACGACCUGCGCUCCGACCAGGAAGUGAUCACUUACCAGGACGCAAGCCUGAACGCAGGCGUCACGUCUUUGACUCUCUCCAACUCUGGCCGCCUUAUCUUUGCCGGCUACGAUGACUUCAACUGCCACAUCUGGGACUCACUGAAGGGAGAGAAAGUUGGUGUGCUUUCCGGCCACGACAACAGGGUGAGCUGCACCGGUGUCCCUGCUGACGGUAUGGGUGUCUGCACAGGAUCCUGGGACAGCUUCCUCAAACUGUGGAACUAA